ACUGCCUCAGUGGCCAUCCGCCUUUUUUUCCAUAUUACUCCUUGCUCUAUAUCUCUAAAAAUCAUCACUGUCGUCACCACCGAGGUCGUUGGUCUCGCGAAGAUCUCCGUGAUUUUUCUUCCUUGGCCAUGUCAAGGGCUCGAGUCUACGCCGAUGUCAACGUUCAUCGACCCAGGGACUACUGGGACUACGAGUCUCUCACCGUCCAAUGGGGUGAUCAAGAUGACUAUGAGGUUGUUCGAAAAGUCGGGAGGGGAAAAUACAGUGAGGUAUUUGAAGGUAUUAACGUGACUAACAAUGAGAAAUGUAUCAUUAAGAUACUUAAACCUGUCAAGAAAAAGAAGAUUAAAAGGGAAAUAAAAAUACUACAGAAUCUUUGUGGAGGCCCAAAUAUUGUAAAGCUGCUUGAUGUGGUCAGAGAUCAACAUUCAAAGACUCCUAGUUUGGUUUUUGAAUAUGUCAACAGUACAGAUUUUAAAGUUUUGUACCCGACAUUGACAGAUUAUGACAUACGAUAUUACAUAUACGAGCUUCUUAAGGCCCUAGAUUAUUGCCAUUCCCAAGGAAUAAUGCACAGAGAUGUCAAACCUCACAAUGUUAUGAUUGAUCAUGAGCUACGGAAACUUCGCUUGAUCGACUGGGGUCUUGCUGAAUUUUACCAUCCCAAUAAAGAAUACAAUGUUCGAGUUGCUUCAAGGUACUUCAAGGGUCCUGAACUCCUUGUUGAUUUACAAGACUAUGACUAUUCCUUAGAUAUGUGGAGCCUGGGUUGUAUGUUCGCGGGAAUGAUUUUUCGAAAGGAGCCAUUCUUUUAUGGCCAUGACAAUCAUGACCAGCUUGUCAAAAUUGCCAAGGUUCUUGGGACAGAUGAGUUAAAUGCAUACUUGAAUAAAUAUCACUUAGAGCUGGAUCCCCAGCUUGAUGCCCUUGUUGGAAGGCAUAGUAGGAAGCCAUGGUCCAGAUUUAUUAAUGCAGAUAACCAGCACCUUGUUUCCCCAGAGGCUAUCGAUUUUCUGGAUAAGCUUCUACGUUACGAUCAUCAAGACAGACUUACAGCUAAGGAGGCAAUGGCUCAUUCGUACUUCUUCCAAGUGAGAUCUGCGGAGAACAAUCGAAUGCGGACCUAAUGGUCCUAGAAGAGUAGAAGUGUACUGCCCUAGCAUAUGUAUGGAUUCUGUUUUCUGCUAGUCCUGAUUUAAGUCAUUGGUCAUAUUCAUAAUCUUGCACUUGUUUAACUUCCUAUUCAGAGUGUAUAUUUGUAUUUGUUACUCUAUCUUCUUCAAUCAUGUCUUGUAUUUGAAUUUUGUUCCUAAUAUUGUUAAUUAACCUACUAUUCUAUGAAGGAAAUAUCAUAUACAAUGGGAAUGUGAUAGACUUGGUAUUUCAAUC